UUUCAUCAUGGCCCUACAGCAGAAGGUUACCAAAUACCAGGAACGCGUAUAUACAGCACUCCAGCAGAUUCCAGAAGGUCGCGUCACAACAUAUGCCGCUAUAGCAAAGGCUCUGGGCAGCUCUCCACGAGCCGUGGGCGGCGCGCUGCGCGUCAACCCAUUCUGUCCGGCAGUGCCUUGUCAUAGAUGCAUCGCCAGUACCGGAUUUGUUGGCGGCUACAAGGGUGACUGGGAAAAGGCACCGAGCGGACAGAACCAGGAGUCGAAACUGGAGCUGCUGAGGGAAGAAGGUGUAUUGUUUGAUCAAAGUGGCUUUCUGAUUGACAAAGCCUUGUUGUGGGAUGAGUUCAAUAGGGAGAAGCUAAAGUGAAAGCUGUGGAUGCAGAAAGUCCAAGGUUCGCGAGGCUCGUCCAAAGUGGGGCAGGUAGAAGCGGGGUGGGUAGUAAGAAGUUUCGCGUUCAGAGGCAGGGUGGGCAGAAAUUAAAUUUGUACAUCAGUCGCAUUCAGAGCAAGUAAAGGGUAUUUAGGACGCG